UCUUUUGUCAAGACCCAACGUAAUAAAAUCGCGCUGAGCAGUGUGGUUCAUUUGUUUUAUUUACAAGUCCUCUCCGGAAAGAAGCAAAAAAUCGAACAUGUAAAACGGAGAAAUCUCCAAAGUCAGUGGACGGUGCCGCUUGGUUAAAUAACAGAAAGAAACUACUCACCAUGUCACAAAUUAUCUCGAGAAAGGUGUUUUCGUAUUCCAGCGCUUCGACACAACACCCGAUUGAAGUAAGGGGGGGCAAUUUCCUAAAUCCUGAAACGUUUUCUUCGAGUUACGAAGAAGCAGUUGCAGAGAGCCCACAAAUUGCUAAAGAUCAAGGAAGUGAAAUACUCUUCAAAACUCAAAGCAGUGAUGAUGCUAAUGCAGCUUAUACCGAAAACAGUACAACAAUAGUUCGAACAUUUGUUAUAAAUGGAGAAGAGAAAAAACACCUCGCUACCGAGGCAGCGCCGAUUACUACAACAACAAUCAAUUCUAAUAUUGAUCGAAGUCUUCCCGAAUUAAAAGAACAUAUCCAAGCAAAAAAUGGACAUUCAACUCCUGCAGCCAACAACAACCUUGGAAAACUCACCAACUUGGACUCUACUAAUAUGCCAGCUACCACCAAACGAAGCUCAAAAACUAGUUAUACAUACAGAGUUCGUGAUGGCAUAGCUGUGUUAGAAAAUGUCACAAGAUACCAGCCUGAAAUGCAAACAACAACAAACUUUACCACCGACAAACCAAAACAUGCAGAAAUAUCCAAUGUAUCCUUAGAGACAAACACAGAAUACCUGGUAACAGACCAAGAUCAUGACGUUCACAUAAAAAGCACUAUCGGAACGAAACAGGCAUUUACACCCACGCCUAAGACGAUAUUAUCCAAACUGGAUAUGGUAUCUAUAUCAGAAAACAAUGCCAAAAAUUCAUCCCAACAAAAAAGGCAACUCAAUGAAGUGAUAAAAAAAGGAACUCAGCAGUCAACAACACACUCUUACUCAGUCUCAAAUCCAACAACUUCUCAAAAGAAUUUUGGGUCAAAGGCUUAUAGAGAGCACUCAAUAACCAGAACCAAAAGGGAAAAAGGACCUCUAGCAGCAAGAAAUACAGAAAACAUGACGACACAGAACAUCACACACGCCAAAUCUCACGGCGACAGAAUUCUCAUUCCCCACUUAACUCAACAGACUUCAACAAAGCAGGUCAAUCAAAACAAACCAUCGACCAAAGACCAAACAGACAAACCUGAUGGGUGGGUAAGCCGGGAAAUCACACUCGAAGAAGUCAAAUCAGAACCACCUCUGCAAGCAAAAAGGCUCUCAGCAGAUAAAAUGCAGUUUCUUCAAAGCCAACAUAAACAGCCCGUCACAAGUCUAAAAAAAACCACAACUGGGAGACUUGUCAUUCCCUACUUUAAUCAUACCACUUUCACCACAGAAGUCAAAGAACAUAAACCAUCGCCCAAAGUCGAGAAGCUUAAAACUCAAGAGUGGGUAACACAGGUAGUUACUCAAGAAGAGGUGAGAUCAGAGCCACUUCUGCAGGCAAACAGGCUCUCAGCAGAUAAAAUGCAGUUUCUUCAAAGUCAAGAUACCCAGCCUGAGAAAAGUCUAGAAAAAUCUAGUCCUGGCAGACUUGUCAUUCCCGACUUUAAUCAAGCCACUUUCACCACAGACGUCACAGACCAUAAACCAUCACCAAAAGUCGACAAGCUAAAAAGUGAACAGUGGCUAACACAAGUAGUUACUCAGGAAGAAGUCAGAUCUGACCCAUCUGUACAGGCAAAAAGGCUCUCAGCAGAUAAAAUGCAGUUUCUUCAAGAACAAGAGACACAGCCCGAAAAGAUGCGAGAUAAAUCUAGCUCUGGUAGACUUGUCAUCCCCGACUUUAAUCAAGCCACGUUCACCACAGACGUCAAAGAACAUCAACCAUCACCAAAAGUCGACAAGCUAAAAAGUGAACAGUGGCUUACACAAGUAGUUAGUCAAGAAGACGUCAGCUCAGACCCAUCUGUAAAAGCAAAAAGGCUCUCAGCAGAUAAAAUGCAGUUUCUUCAAGGCCAAGAGACACAGCCCGAAAAGAUGCGAGAUAAAUCUAGCCCUGGGAGACUUCUCAUUCCCGUCUUCAAUCAAACCACUUUGACCACAGAAGUCAAAGAAGAUAAACCAUCCCCCAAAGUCGAGAAGCUUAAAACUCAAGAGUGGGUAACACACGUAGUUACUCAAGAAGAGGUGAGAUCAGAGCAACUUCUGCAGGCAAACAGGCUCUCAGCAGAUAAAAUGCAGUUUCUUCAAAGUCAAGAUACCCAGCCUGAGAAAAGUCUAGAUAAAUCUAGUCCUGGCAGACUUGUCAUUCCCGACUUUAAUCAAGCUACUUUCACCUCAGACGUCACAGACCAUAAACCAUCACCAAAAGUCGACAAGUUAAAAACUGAACAGUGGGUAACACAAGUAGUUACUAAGGAUAAAGGCAGAUCAGACCCAUCUGUGCAGGCAAAAAGGCUCUCAGCAGAUAAAAUGCAGUUUCUUCAAAGUCAACACACCCAGCCUGAGAAAAGUCUAGAGAAAUCUAGUCCUGGCAGACUUGUCAUUCCCGACUUUAAUCAAGCCACUUUCACCACAGACGUCACAGAACAUAAAUCAUCACCAAAAGUCGACAAGCUUAAAAGUGAACAGUGGGUAACACAAGUAGUUACUCAAGAAGUCAGAUCAGACCCAUCUGUACGGGCAAAAAGGCUCUCAGGAGAUAAAAUGCAGUUUCUUCAAGGCCAAGAUACAGAGCCCGAGAAAAAGCUUGACAAAUCCAGCCCUGACAGACUUGUCAUUCCCGACUUUAACGAAAGCGUUUUCACCUCAGAAGUCAAAGAACAUAAACCAUCGGCCAAUGUUGAGAAGCUCAUAACUGAAGAGUGGGUAGCACAGGUAGUUACUCAGAAAGAAGUGAAAUCAGAACAACUUCUGCAAGGAAACAGGCUUUCAGCAGAUAAAAUGGAAUUUCUUCAAGGAGAGGAUAGACUGGGUGGAAAAAUACUUGAAAAGAAAGAGUUAAGGGAUGAGUGGAAAGUUGAAGCCAAAGGAAACGAACAGUGGCGAUUACAGGCACCAAUACCGUUAACGGAGUCAUGGGGAGCAUUGAAAUCCUUUUCUGGAGGCCUAAAAAUGCAUUCAACGACAACAUCUAUGUUACCGAGAGAUUCAAAUAAGUUGGUUAGUGGCACUGACAACGCCUUCUUCGUCCAAAUUCAGGAAGCACCUACUAGGACUGGAAAUUACAAAGAUGAGCAGUCGAUAAAGUAUUAUUUGACUGAAUUGCCACCGGAAAAGACAGGGUUCGUUCGAUCAAGGGAAACACGCCAAGUUUUGAAGUCAGAAAGACCUCAGACCUCCGACGGGGUGGUAAUUCCCGUUGAAGUGACACAAGUUUCUUCUUCUUCUGGAGUAGUCAUACAUAACAGUGAGAACUUAACAACUCAAACAAUUACAAGUAGAUUGCCAGCAGUGAAAGACAGAAAUUUUGUUUACGCCGGUGAGGUGCGCCAGGCUGUAACAUUAGAAGGGACCCCAGCUAAUGGUAGCGCAGUCAUUCCCGUGGAAAUAAAACACAUUUCUUCGUCACCAAAAGUCGAGAUGCACGAUGAAAAGACGUGGACAACGCGACAAACCUCAGUCAAGUUGUCAGGGAGUGACAGAUUCUUUGUAAAUGCUGGCGAAACUCAAGAAGCCAUAAGAUUGGAUGGCUCUUCAUCCAGUGGUGUUGUGAUUCCAACACAAAUUUCACGCGAAUAUUUGACUACAAAUGUUAAGAUACAUAACAGCCAAGCCUACAAACCCUGAUACAAUAAAUAUAUCUUAUUAACCAAGCGCGAGGGCCGUACUGGGAGAAUAUCGGUCCGAGGUCUUGACAGUA